UUAUACCGGCUGGCUCGACACUAGCACCCCAAAUCGCCUUAUGGUUAAGACUUCAACGGGUUUCCUAUGUCUGUGGGAAUUUGUUUCGUCAAAUGCUCUAGCGUUAAGAGAUAAGGAACGAAGACCUGAACGGAUUUCUUAGCGUGGAUAUUUUGUCACGUUUGACGACAACAGGCUUUCUUAGUAUAAACCUGAAUAUAUUGGUACUUCGUAUCCCCAGUGAGUUGCCUCUCGCUAGAAGGUCCUGGUAUACAAGUGUUGUUGCUGUCCUGUGACGGAUUUAUCCUCUCAGCUGUUGUGCAUAAAGAGGAGAGGAAGCAAAGAUGCCAAAACCGAUCAAUGUCCGUGUGACCACCAUGGAUGCAGAGCUGGAGUUUGCCAUCCAACCUAAUACAACAGGAAAACAGCUUUUUGACCAGGUGGUGAAGACAGUGGGACUGCGGGAGGUCUGGUUCUUUGGACUACAGUAUGUGGACAGUAAGGGCUACAGCACUUGGCUCAAACUCAAUAAGAAGGUGACCCAGCAGGAUGUGAAGAAAGAGAACCCAUUGCAGUUUAAGUUCAGAGCCAAGUUCUUCCCUGAGGAUGUCUCAGAGGAAUUAAUCCAGGAGAUCACACAGAGACUCUUUUUCCUGCAGGUGAAAGAGGCCAUCUUGAACGAUGAGAACUACUGUCCCCCAGAGACAGCUGUGCUUCUGGCGUCAUACUCUGUCCAGGCCAAGUAUGGAGACUACAACAAAGAUGUCCACAAGCCUGGGUAUCUUACCCAUGACAGACUGCUUCCUCAGAGAGUCCUGGAGCAGCACAAGCUGACCAAGGAGCAGUGGGAGGACAGGAUUCAGACUUGGCACGAAGAACACCGAGGAAUGCUCCGAGAGGACUCUAUGAUGGAAUAUCUUAAAAUCGCCCAGGACUUGGAGAUGUACGGAGUCAAUUACUUUGAAAUUAAAAACAAGAAGGGCACACAGCUGUGGCUGGGGGUGGAUGCCCUUGGCCUCAACAUCUACGAACACGAAGACAAGUUAACACCAAAGAUUGGCUUCCCCUGGAGUGAAAUUCGAAACAUCUCUUUCAAUGACAAGAAGUUUGUCAUCAAACCUAUUGACAAGAAAGCACCUGACUUUGUGUUUUAUGCCCCGCGGCUGCGCAUCAACAAGCGUAUCCUGGCAUUGUGUAUGGGUAACCACGAGUUGUACAUGAGGAGGAGAAAGCCCGACACCAUCGAGGUGCAGCAGAUGAAAGCUCAGGCCCGCGAGGAAAAGCACCACAAACAGAUGGAGAGGGCUCAGCUAGAGAAUGAGAAGAAGAAGCGAGAGUAUGCGGAGAAAGAGAAGGAGAGGAUAGAGCGGGAAAAAGACGAGCUCAUGGAGAGGCUGAGACAGAUUGAAGAUCAGACGAUGAGAGCUCAGAAAGAACUUGAGGAACAGACUCGCCGGGCCUUGGAACUGGAGCAGGAGAGAAAGCGAGCGAGGGAGGAGGCCGAGAGGCUUGAGAGAGAGAGGCAAACGGCUGAGGAGGCCAAGGCAGAACUGGCCAAACAGGCCGCAGACCAGCAGAAGACCCAGGAACAACUGGCUGCUGAACUGGCUGAAUUUACAGCCAAGAUCGCUCUCCUGGAAGAAGCCAAGAGGAAGAAAGAUGAUGAGGCAACAGAAUGGCAGCAUAAGGCUCUGUUGGCCCAGGAUGACCUUGAGAAGACCAAGGAGGAGUUGAAGUCGGCAAUGACUGUGGUGCCAGCGCCUCUGAGCGGCCAUGCUGAGAGUGAGCAUGAUGAGCAGGAUGAAAACCAUGCGGAAGCCAGUGCCGAGCUCUCCAAUGAAGGCGUCAGCCAGUUAGACCUUCGCAGUGAAGAGGCGCGCGUCACUGAAGCCCAGAAGAACGAACGGGUCAAGAAACAGCUGCAGACAUUAAGCUCAGAGUUGGCCGAUGCCAGAGAUGAAACCAAGAAGACCCAGAAUGAUGUGCUACACGCGGAGAACGUGAAAGCAGGCCGAGACAAAUACAAAACGCUGCGCCAGAUUCGACAGGGCAACACAAAGCAGCGCAUCGACGAGUUUGAGUCCAUGUGAGAACAGCACCGCUCUCCCCUCGCCCCUCUUUCCCUGAGGGGUACCUGCUCCUGAACCUUUCCCUCAGCGGCUGCUCAUUUUCAUGGACAACAGAUGCUGCCAUCCUUGUAGUCCCAAGUCCCCCUCAACACCCCCAGGCAAUCUUGAGAAAUCAUCUUGUCAAACUUUGCCAAAGUCCUGCCCUACAUCUCCUAUCUGACAGUUACAGAUAUUGAGUUGCCUGUACGCCACUCUGAACAAGCAAAUAUCAUCGUACUGCAGAGAUCAUGUGAAAUCCUUAAACACAGGGGAAAAGAGAAACUGUUAAAACCAAAAUGGAAGCAAUUAGAUUUUUUUGGGGGGAGAAAACAUGGCCAUAGAAAGCUACUGUUUUUUUUGUUUUUGUUUUGACGACUUGUAUGCAAUAGUUGAGUAUGAUCCCAUGUCUUCAGUUAAAGAUCCUCCUUGUUUUUAAGUUGUCUCCCCUCUAACCCUUAACUGCUUUAGUUUGACUCGUUUUAUUGAUGAAACCGUUCUUUUUAGUUGUCUGUUGAACACAUUUAGCGGCAGGCUAUGAAUAAAAGACUGGAGUUUUUAAUUCAGCGUCCAAGCGCUGCUUAUGUUGCAUCAUAUUAAAACAUAUCAUAAGCCAUGAUAAUACUCCUAGCGUCUGAGUCAUUAUAGAGCUGAGCUAAGGACAUUUCACUCUAUUCAGUCAAUUGAAACUGUUAACGUGGCAUCAAUAGGUUUAUAUAUUU